GACCUUGCCGCCGCCUCUCUCGGCCAGAACUUAUAUAAGAGAGGAGCGGCACGGACACGUCCUGUCCUCGGGAGAGACAUCGGUGUUGCACGUCUUUUGACCAUGAUGCUGGAACAGAGCAGGGGCAGGUGGUUAGGAUGCGUCGCGUUAGCGCUGCUCGUCUCGUGCGCCGCCGUCGACGGGACGCCCACAGCACAAGGCUUUGUGAAGGACCUUGAGGCGCAGGAAACCCACUUCAGGUUACACCACCACGCAGCUCGGGACCUGUCCCACUUGCGCCAAGACAUCCGGUGGUCUCACACGGGAACGCCAGUGGCACAGCGGGCGGCACGGUCCCCACUGCCAGCUGCCACGAAGGUCGGAACCGCAGGCCCGGUGACGCUCGGAGGGCUCACUAAGCGAGCCCACAACGUCGGCUCCGGACCGGUGGUGCUCAAGAACAAGAGGACUAUCCAGAUCACGAAGUUCACCUAUGACGGAUCUGGCCCAGAUGUUUACUUCCUGGUCGGCAAAGGACCGAAGGUGACCCACACCGGAGCCACCAAGGUUCCCACAGCUAGUGGAGAGGUGAAGCUGACCAAAGGUUACACCGGCGAAGACAUCACCCUGACUCUUCCGGGAUCGCUGACCUUCAACGACGUGGACUGGCUGUCCGUAUACUGCAUCCGCUAUCAAGAGAACUUCGGUGACGUCCGCAUACCCAAGAACCUCAACCUCCCUUCAGUUUAAUCAUCACCCUUAAGCUGACCAAAACAAACCUUUACUUCGAUAUCGCACAAAGAAAUGCCGUUGUAUUUUGGCGAACCACGAAGCAUCUGACGCAAUAAACCCGUCUUUUUUUUA